AUGGCAAAUGGAUGUGAAAACAGUUUCCUUAAUGCUGAGCUAGAAGAGGAUGUGUACAUGACACAACCUGAAAGAAUUGAGGAUGUGGUCAAGAAGCUCGAGAAGGAUUAUAAUAUAAAGAUUAGCAAUUGGGUUGAUUUGAGGGAUAAGGCUAGGGAAAAGGCUACUUUUGGUGAAAUUACUAAGAAUUGUAGUGUGGAGAAAUUGGCUAAGAAGGUUUUGGGUGAUGAAUGGGAUGUGAAGAAGCCUGCUACCAUGGAAUGGUGGAAUCCAGAAGUUGAAUGGUUUCUUUCAGAUGAUAAGGUUAAAUUUGGAUCAUUGGAUUCUUUUCUUGCUUAUAGAAUCGGCGUUGAAUUGUUAAAAGAUUAA